ACAUAAAACUGUGCAGUGCAACUAGCAAUGGAUAUGGCUGGUUGUCUGCAAAGGACAGCUAUUGGUAAAGCAGGGGCACUGCUUGGAUGCCAUCUCUUUAUCUUUUUAAUAUGUGGCUGGUGCUUUUCACCUGCGAGCGCAGAAAGCUUUGACUCUGCUUUCCUGUACCGGCACAGACCCAGGCCUAACGCUGAGUCCAUUGUGGUGGCUAACAAUGGGGUCAGAGUGCCCUUUGGAAGAUCCGUCUUUUUGGACCCCAUCAACGACCUGGUGACGGAAGUUCAGCCCGGAGACCGGUGCCAAAUUACUGUCCUGGACAAUGACCCCCUGGCCCAGAGGCCAGGAGUGCUCACCCCCAAGAAGUUCCCCUGUGCUUUCGGGGCGGAGGAGGUGAAGUACACCCACUUCGGAUCGCGGAGCCCCAGCAUGGACAGGGUGAAGCUGCAGCUGAGGUACGACUCCCAGACGGACACGGUGGUCAUCCCCCUGCUGCUGGAGGUGGAGGUGGUGUUCCAGCAGCUGGAGGUUCUGACGCGCAACAUGCCCCUGAUCGUGGACAAGCUGAACGGCGUCAGCAGCCCCAUCGACAAAAAGGGCUUGGAGUUCUCCUUUGACGACAGCGUCUCGUCGUGCAAGGUCACCACGCUGGUCGGCGCCGGCGGCCUCCCCAGGUAUGGCACGCUUUUAAAUUACACCUCCAAUGGACAGAUGGUUGAUUGUGAUGCUUUUGUUAAGAUGGGCAUUCGCUACAAGCACACCUCCAGUACUGACUCGCCCAAUAGAGACUAUAUUCCAAUGCUGGUGGAGCUGCUGGACAAAGAGGGCAACACUGUCCAGCAGGAACAUUUCCAAAUUAUGGUUAGAAUCAAAGAAGGUGCUGAAAACACCCCUCCCAAGCCCAGCUUUGUCGCUAUGAUGAUGAUGGAGAUUGAUCAGUUUGUGAUGACAGCCAUUACAGGUGAUAUGUUAGCUGCCGAGGAUGUUGAAUCUGAUCCAGAUGACUUGAUUUUUAACAUUACCUCGCCGCUGGGUGAUCAACAGGGGUAUAUAAUCAGUACCGAUGACCAGAACCUGCCCAUAACCUCCUUUUACCAAAGAGAUAUUAAAGAUCUCAAAAUAGCAUAUAAACCUCCAUCUGAAGACUCGGACACGGAGAGAAUUUUCCAGAUCGAGUUUGAGAUUGUUGAUACUGAGGGUGCGGUUUCUGACACUUUCGCGUUUAUGAUCGUCGUAAAGCCCAUGAACACGUUAGCCCCCGUGGCAACUAAAAAUACGGGCCAGCUUUUAUUUGAGGGGCAGUCCAGGGCUCUCUCAAGCACUCAGAAUUUAGAAAUUAGUGACGAGGAUAAUCUUGAAGAUGUGAAAAUUACUGUUAUUGAUGGCUUGAGGCAUGGAGAGCUGACGGUGCUGGGGUCACGCAGAAAAUUCUUCACCCCUGCCGAUCUGGACGCAGGCAUUGUUGUAUACCAGCACGACGGCAGUGACACUUACAGUGACAAUAUUAUUUUCAGAAUGACAGAUGGCAGUAAUGAGGUUGAGUUUUUGUUCCCUAUAACUAUUGCUCCAACUGAUGACGAGCCCCCGAUCAUAAAUGCCAACACCGGGCUCGUGCUUUUCAAGAACGAAAUAAUGCAGAUUUCCCCGUUCAUUCUGAGUGCAACAGACAUUGAUUCAGAGGACUCCACCAUUAAGUUUGUGCUAGAGGCCCCUUACUCAAAGCUUGGAGAGGUGCUUCUCCGACAAGUGGAGCCACCUGCAGACCCGUCGGCCUGGAAGUUCAGCGAGACCGAUGAGAUGUUUGAACAGGUGGUGACAGAGUGGUUCCAGCAGGACAUUCUUGAUGGCAAGCUGUUUUAUCGGCACAUUGGGCCUCACCGCACCACCACCGUGACGGACCAGUUUGUGUUCCGGGUUCAGGAUGACAAUGACCCCCCAAAUCAGUCUGGGGAGCACACUUUCACCAUUAAAAUCCACCCGGUGGAUGAUCUCCCCCCAGAGCUUUUCCCCGGAACCGCACUGCACAUGACAGUUAGGGAAUAUGAGCUGACUCCCUUUAAGAAGAAGUUUUUGCGCUACACAGAUCUGGACUCAGAUGACAGGGACCUCAAGUACAGCAUUGCCAGGCCUCCCACUGACACAGACGAGAACAAUCCCGUCUCGCUGGGCAACAUUGUGCUGACGGAGAGUCCAGACGCAGUGAUCACAGAGUUCACUCAGGCUCAGGUAAAUCAUCACAAAGUGGCGUACAAACCCCCAGAUCAGGAGCUCGGCAUCACUCCAAAAGUGGUUCAGUUCACCUUCAUUGUGGAGGACACUGCUGGCAACUCCGUGGAUGGCAUCUUCACUAUUUUCCUGCAGCCAGUGGAUAACAAGCCUCCCCUGAUUACCAACACUGGCUUCACAGUGUUAGAGAGGAGCACAUAUAUAAUAACAAAGACUGAACUUGAUGCCACCGAUCAGGACACAGAUGACGAUAAGAUUACUUUCACAGUGGUUCAGGUUCCGCGCUAUGGACAGCUGCAGUACUUAGGGGUUGACAUGUCAGCUGGUGAAACGUUUGACCUGGAAGACAUAGACAGUGGUCGGCUCGCAUACAUUCACAGUGGAGAGGAGUCUCUCAGUGACACUGUAAAACUGGAUGUCACUGAUGGAUUUCAUGAGGUUCCAAUUAUCAUCAAAAUCACCGUUAAACCUGUUGAUGACGAAACGCCCACCAUCAUGCUCCCCUCCGGGCUGCUGGGUGCUUCCAUUGAUGUGCUCGAGAACGGUGCAACCGAGAUCACCAGCAACGUGAUCCAGGGCAGGGACGAGGACACAGACGACCUCAUGCUGACCUUCAUCGUGGAGGAGCCUCCGAAGCUCGGCGAGAUCAUGGUGAACGGGGUUCCUGCCGAGAGGUUCACCCAGCAGGACAUCAUCAACGGGGUGGUGGUGUAUGCCCACACCAGCGGUGAAAUCGGGCCCAUCAAAGAGCACGACUCUUUCAACCUCACCAUCUCCGACAUGUCAGACGAGUGGGUCAUCGGGGGCAACAAAGUUCAAGGCGUCAGGGUGCACGUGACCAUCCUUCCCGUGGACAGCAUUGCUCCUGUUGUCACUGUCGGGGAGCAGUUCACGGUGGUGGAAGGGGAGAAGAACGUCAUCACCCUGGAGAACAUCCAAGCCACCGACGUGGACACGGACAGUGAUGACAUCCUAUGCACCAUCAUUGUCCAGUCGACAUCCGGCUACGUUGAGAACAUUUCCCCAGCACCGGGGUCAGAGAAGUCGAGGGCGGGCACCGCCAUCACUGCGUUCAGCAUCAAGGACAUCCGCCUCAACCACAUCUACUAUGUCCAGAGCAUUCACAAAGGCGUGGAGCCGGUGGAGGACAGGUUGACGUUCCGCUGCUCAGAUGGCAUCAACUUCUCAGAGCGCCACUUCUUCCCCAUCGUCAUCAUCCCCGCCAAUGAUGAGAAGCCCGAGAUAUUUGUCCGAGAGUUCGUUGUCAUGGAGGGCAUGAGUCUAGUCAUCGACACGCCCAUCCUGAAUGCGGCAGAUGCUGACAUCCCAGGGGAUGACCUGGACUUUGAGAUUAUCAAACCCCCCAAACAUGGGACAAUAGUUCAGCAGCUGAGCACCGGCACUGUUCCCGUCGUCAGAUUCUCCCUGGAGCAGAUCAAGGAAAGCUCCAAUAUCGUCUAUGAACACGACGACUCUGAAACAAAAGAAGACAGCUUUGAGAUCAAACUCACAGAUGGGAAAUACACCGUUGAGAAGAAAGUUCUCAUCAUGGUCAUUCCAGUGGACGACGAGACGCCGAGAAUGACUAUAAACGACGGGCUGGAGGUUGAAAUUGGAGAAACAAAGACAAUCACAAACAGAGUGCUUAAAGCAACAGAUCUUGACUCUGAAGACAAAGAUCUGACCUAUAUUAUUCGCUAUGGGCCAAACCAAGGCUACCUUCAACGCAUCACUAAGUUUGGAGAUGUAGUCGGGAACAUAACCGUUGAGAUGAACUUCACUCAGGAUGAAAUUGACAAGCAGCUGAUCCAGUACGUGCACACGGGCCAGGAAGGGGUUCGAGAUCUCAUGAAGUUUGAUGUCACCGAUGGCAUCAACCCCCUGAUUGACAGGUACUUUUACAUCAGCAUAGGGAGUAUCGACAUGGUCUUCCCUGACGUCAUCAAUAAAGGGGUUACCCUCAAGGAAGGGGGGAGGGUGACGCUCACGACUGACCUGCUCAGCACCACCGACAUCAACAGCCCAGACGAGCACCUGAGUUUCAGCAUCACUCGCGCUCCCAGCCGAGGUCACCUGGAGUGCACUGACUUGCCGGGUGUCCCUAUCUCCACCUUCACCCAGCUGCAGCUGGCCGGCAACAAGAUCUACUACAUCCACACCUCGGACGACGAGGCCAAGAUGGACAGCUUCGAGUUUGAGGUGACCGACGGCUACAAUCCCGUUUUCCGGACCUUCAGGGUCUCCAUCACAGAUGUUGACAACAAGAAGCCGGUUCUGACCAUCCACAACCUGGUGGUUGGGGAGGGGGAGGUGAAGCUGAUCACUCCGUUCGAGCUGACUGCAGAGGACCGUGACACUCCGGACAACCUCCUGCGUUUCAUCGUCACCCAGGUCCCCGUCCACGGGCAGCUGCUGUACAAUGGCACCCGCAGUGUCACCACCUUCACCAAGCAGGACCUGAACGAGAACCUCAUCACGUACAAGCACGACAGCACGGAGACCAGCGAGGACAGCUUCUCCUUCACGGUGACCGACGGCACCCACACGGAGUUCUACGUCUUCCCUGACACCGUGUACGAGACCCGGAAGCCCCAGACAAUGAUCAUCCGCAUCAACUCGGUGGAUAACGGUGUCCCCCAGAUUGUGGUCAACAGGGCCGCCCCCACCCUCAAGGUCCUGCACACUGGUCACCUGGGCUUCCUCAUCACCAGCAAGGCCCUGAAGGCCGAGGACAGGGACAGCCCAAAGAAAGUCCUCAAGUACUCUGUGUCCGAGCCUCCCCUGCACGGCUUCAUCAUCAACACGGCUCUUGGGAAUGACAGCAUCAAGACAUUCACACAAGCUGAUAUUGAUGACAUGAAGAUCUGCUAUGUACUGCUUGAUGGAGACAAUGCCACUAGUGAUAUCUUCUACUUCACUGUUGAGGAUAAUGGGGGAAACAAACUGAAGCCACAGCCAUUCCGGCUCAACUGGGCUUGGAUUUCACUAGAGAAAGAGUAUUACCUGGUGGACGAAGACUCCAAGUUCCUCGAGGUGACCCUAAAACGCCGAGGCUAUCUGGGAGAAACAUCUUUUGUCAGCAUCAGCACAAAGGAUGGUACCGCGGAGAAGGAUAAGGACUUCCGAGGCAAAGCCCAGAAGCAGGUGCAGUUUAACCCUGGACAGACGACGGCCACCUGGCGGGUCAAGAUAUUCACUGACCAGGAGUUCGAGACCUCCGAGACCUUCCAGAUCCUUCUGUCCGAGCCGGUGAUGGCAGUGCUGGAGUACCCGGACUCAGCCACUGUGGAGAUUGUGGACCCUGGCGAUGAGUCCACAGUCUUCAUCCCUCAGUCAGAGUACAGAAUAGAGGAGGACAUCGGUGAGCUGCUGAUUCCAGUGAGAAGAUCAGGGGACAUCAGUCAUGAGCUUAUGGUCAUCUGCUACACGCAGCAAGGCAGUGCCACGGGCACCAUUCCCAGCACGGUGCUCUCCUACUCCGAUUACAUCAGCCGGCCCGAGGACCACACCAGCGUGCUGCGCUUCGACAAGGACGAGCGCGAGAAGGCCUGCCGUGUCAUCAUCAUCGACGACUCGCUGUACGAGGAGGAGGAGAGCUUCAACGUCACCCUCAGCAUGCCCAUGGGCGGCCAGGUGGGGAACCUCUUCCCCAGCACCCGCGUGGUCAUCCUGGCAGACAGCGACGACGAGCCCUCCCUGUACUUUGGGGAGACGGAGUACACAGUGGAUGAGAGUGCCGGCUACGUGGAGGUGCGUGUCUGGAGGACGGGGACAGAUCUGUCCAAGACAGCCACGGUGACGGUGCGCUCCCGGAAAACCGACCCCAUUUCUGCUGAAGCUGGUGUGGACUACGUGGGCAUCAGCCGGAACCUGGACUUCGCCCCCGGGGUCACCAUGCAGACGUUCCGUGUCACAAUCCUGGACGACCUGGGUCAGCCAGUUCUGGAGGGCGCGGAGCAGUUUGAGCUGGUUCUGCGUAUGCCCAUGAAUGCAGUGCUGGGAGAACCCAGCAAAACCACCAUAACCAUCAACGACUCAGUUUCUGACCUGCCCAUGGUGCAGUUUAAAGACGCUGUUUACAAAGCGGACGAGGCGGAUGGCCAGGUCAGUGCCAUCGUGUACCGCAGUGGCGACAUCAGCCACAGGUCCACCGUCAGGUGCUACACCCGCCAGGGCUCGGCGCAGGUCAUGAUGGACUACGACGAGCGCCCCAACACCGACGCCUCCGUCGUCACCUUCCUCCCAGGGGAGAGUGAGAAGCCCUGUGUGGUCACACUGGUGGACGACUCAGAAUACGAGGAAGAGGAGGAGUUCCGUCUUGUGCUGGGAACACCAAAGAGCCAAUCACCGUUCGGCGCCUCGCUUGGGGAGCAGAAGGAGGCACUGGUCAAAAUAACAGAUGAAAAAGACAAACCAAUCAUCAGGUUCUCCGAGAUCAAGUACAGCGUGAGGGAGCCGCAGGUGCCCGGGGGCAUCGCCGUGGUUAAGAUCCCCGUGGUGCGUGUGGGGGACACGUCCAAAGUGUCCCUGGUGAGAGUCCACACCAAGGACGGCUCAGCCACGUCAGGGGAGGACUACAACCCGCUCUCCGAGGACGUGGAGUUCAAAGAGGGCGAGACGGAGCACGUGGUGGAGGUGCAGGUUCUUUACGACGGCCAGCGGGAGAUGAGGGAGGCCUUUACCGUGCACAUGAAGCCGGACGAGUACAUGGUGGCGGAGACACAGAUGAACAAGGCCAUCGUGUACAUUGAGGAGGUGGACAGCGUGGCAGACGUCACCUUCCCGGCCGUGCCGCAGGUGGUGUCCCUGCUCAUGUACGAUGACACCGUUCGCGCCAAGGACAACCCUCACCCCCCCACCGGCUACCCCGUCGUGUGUGUUACGGCCUGUAACCCCAAGUACUUUGAGUUUGACAAGACGGGCUCCAUCUGCGCUGCGGAGAACAUAAACGACACUCUGACGCAGUACCGCUGGCUGGUGAGCGCACCCAGUGGCUCUGACGGCGUCUCCAGCCCCAUGAGGGAGGUGGACACCAACACCUUCUUCACCAACACCAAGUCCAUCACCCUGGACUCCAUCUACUUCCAGGCCGGCUCGCGGAUUCAGUGCGCUGCGCGGGCCUUCAAUGCCAACGGUGAUGCGGGGCUGGAGCUCAGCAGCCCCAUCGUGGUGGUCAGCCGGGAGGAGGGUCUCUGCCAGCCUCGUAUCCCGGGAACGAUUGGCGCGGAGCCCUUCUCCGCCAAAAUCCGCUACACAGGACCCGUGGAUCCGGACUUCCCCAACCUCAUCAAGCUGACCGUCACCAUGCCCCACAUGGACGGCAUGCUGCCCAUCAUCUCCACCAGGCCGCUGUCCAACUUCGAGCUGACCCUGAGCCCCGACGGCACGCGGGUGGGCAACCACCGCUGCUCCAACCUGCUGGACUACAAUGAGAUCCAGACGCACCACGGCUUCAUCACUGACAGCACCAAGAACCCGGAGAUCAUCGGCGAGACCUCGCCCUACCAGUACAGCACCGCCCUGCGCUCCGCCAACUCCCUGCGCUUCUACCGCAACCUCAACCUGGAGGCCUGCCUCUGGGAGUUCCACAGCUACUAUGACAUGUCCGAGCUGCUCAACGACUGCGGCGGCUCCAUCGGCACGGACGGACAGGUGCUGAACCUGGUGCAGUCCUACGUCACCCUGCGGGUGCCGCUCUUCGUCUCCUACGUCUUCCACUCCCCCGUGGCGGUGGGUGGCUGGCAGCACUUCGACCUGCAGUCCGAGCUGCGGCUCACCUUUGUGUACGACACCGCCAUCUUGUGGCAGGACGGCAUAGGCAGCCCCCCGGAGGCUGAGCUGCAAGGAGCCAUGUACCCCACCAGCAUGAGGAUCAACGGAGAGGGUCGCCUGGUCAUCAACUUCAAGACGGAGGCACGUUUCCGGGGACAAUUCGUCAUGUCCCACCCAGGGACGACCUUGUCCUCCAUGGUGAUGUCGCCCGACCACCCGGGCCUCACCUUCACGCUGUCGCUGGUCAGGACCGAGCCGACCUACAACCAGCCCAUGCAACAGUGGAGCUUCGUGUCCGAUUUCGCCGUGCGGGAUUACUCCGGGACCUACACAGUAAAACUCAUCCCCUGCACCGCCUCCCCUAAUCGGGAGUACAGCCUCCCGCCCGUGUGCCACCCCCGGGAGCCCCUCACCUUCGACAUGGACAUCCGCUUCCAGCAGGUCAGUGACCCCGUGGCGGCCGAGUUCAGCCUCAACACUCAGAUGUUCCUGCUCUCCAAGAAGGAGCUCUGGCUGUCCGACGGCUCCAUGGGCUUCGCCGAGGGCGCAGACGUGGCCUUUUCAGAAGGGUCUCAGAUCUACGGGCGCGUGAUGGUAGACCCUGUGCAGAAUCUGGGAGACUCCUUCACCUGCAGCAUCGAGAAGGUGUUCCUGUGCACCGGGGCAGAUGGAUACGUUCCUAAAUAUAACCCCACCAACAAGGAGUAUGGCUGCCUGGCUGAUGCUCCCUCUCUCCUCUACAGAUUCAAAAUCCUGGACAAAGCGCAGCCAGAGACACAGGCCACUGCCUUUGGGAACGUUCAGUUCCAAGCCACGCUGGCGAUGGACACCCCGGAAGCUCUCUCGCUGAUCCGACAGCCAGGAUCGGACGGAUUCUCGCUGUCGUCUUCACCGCUCUUCCAGGUGGCAGCUGGUAGGGAGUGGUACAUCCACACCAUCUACACGGUGCGCUCCAGAGAGAACGCCAACCGCAGCAUUGGCAAGAGGAGCCUGGAGUACCGGCACAGCGUGUCGGCGGCCGGUGGGCGCCGGAGCCGCAGGGCCGUGCCCGACGAGUCCGAGGACAUCGGCCCCGAGAACAACAAGGGCACCAACAUCCAGCACAUCUCCCUGGACCGCUCCGACAGGCAGAGGGUGAGCCAGCGCGGGCCCUGGCCGCGCGAGGACCUCCCAGAGCGCCCCCUGCUGGAGAGCUCGGGCACCAACCCCGCCGACGCUGCCACCCCCAACACGCCCAUGCUUGUUGGGCUGGCGGGGCUCAUCCUCCUCCUUUGCCUGGUAGUGAUCGUCAUCGUCUUAUUGGCCCGACGCAAGAAGCGCGGCCAAUCGGAGAAGCUCCCUCCCUACUCCACCUCCUCGUGCUCGGCCUACCAGGGCAGCAGCAGCAGCAGCCGGGAGACCAUGAGCACCAGGAACAGCUCUGAGGUCUGAGCCCACUUGGAUAACUCCGCCCUCCCGCCAGACGCUCAAGACAGUCCAAAAAUCACCCCGGUGCCUUUGACCUUCGACCCGCGACCCUGUGACCCGGCGAGGGAGAACGCUCCCGGCAGCAGAUUCUUACAGUACGACGUUGUAUAUUGCAUUACUGGAGACGAGAAGAGGUGUGUUGGCUGUCCACCUGUGUAUGGAUGCAUGAACCCAUGCCGCUAUGCUUGCCUUUAAGACAUGCAAUUGUGAGGCUUGUAAGUCUCUGAGCGACAUGCAUACGUUUAGAGUGGGCUGGAGUCCCCUAGUAGCGUGCUCUGAAAGAUGUGUACAUGCUUAGCUGCUUUUAAAUGUCCUUUGAAUUUAAAUAGUGUAGAUAUUAUUAUGCGUUCCCUAAGACAUUGGUGUAAGUUCCCUAGACGUUGGUCUCCUGCUGCCCCUGUUUCUUUGUUAAAAACCUUGAUCCGAGGGGGAGACUGAAGCUGAAUUUGAAAUAGGUCACUUUCAUGAGUUUGUUCAAGUAUGUUGCUGUUUCUUAACGCCGGCUGUACUGAACAGGGUUCCCACUGAAGCCAGCUUUUUGUUUUCAACAUCUUUUCAAUGACCUUAAAAUGAUGAAUUUUUUGUUACUGUAAUGGUCAUAUUCUCACAACACUGGGCUAACCGGGGAGGUUGGGAGGGAUGGACAAUUUACAAUAAUAUGUGCACACUGACAUUGCCAUACUUGGUUUUAAAUGUCAUCAAUUUCACAAGUUUGAAAAAAAAAACAGCCAAUUUCUCAUGAUUUCAAAUACAGCAGGAUAUUUGGUGCUUUAAGACUUCUAUAAUGAAAAUAAAGGAUUUUCAACAGUGGGAACCCUAAACAAGGCACAUGAUCCUCCCCAUUUACCAGACACUGGUACCUUUAAGAUGACCUGGGGCAGUGGCUGUAGACAAAGAUGGCCUCUCCUUCUUUAUACUGAA